UUUACGAAUAGAAUUUUGUCGCCAGUUUGACCUUUGAACCUUCAAACAAACUCUCGGAAAAUGGCAGUAAGAGCGAGACUUUGUUAUGGCUCUUGCAGCCAGCUUGUACUCAGAAGGACUCACUUACCCCAACCAUCUAAGCUGUCCCCAGUGUUAUCGUCUGUGACACCAUGGCGACGCCACUUAUCGGUACACGAGCACUACAGUCUGGACAUGAUGAAGAGUUAUGGGAUGUCAGUGCCCAAGGGAGAGGUGGCCAUGACACCAGAGCAAGCUAAGCAGAUCGCCGAUAAAUUAGGAGGUCCUGCGGUAAUCAAGGCACAGGUGUUGGCAGGGGGGAGAGGAAAGGGACAAUUUGACAAUGGACUAGGCGGAGUAAAGCUCGCCAACAGUUCUGAUGAGGUCAAGAGCUUUGCAUCACAGAUGCUAGGAAGGAGACUGGUCACCAAGCAGACAGGGGAGGCGGGUCGACCGUGUGAGAAGGUGUUGGUGUGUGAGAAAAUGAAUGUAAAAUCAGAGUUCUACUUUGCAAUGGUAAUGGACAGAGCCUUCAUGGGUCCUGUGAUGGUGGCCAGUCCGUUUGGUGGAGUCAACAUUGAAGAGAUUGCCAGGGACUCCCCCUCACAGAUAUUCAAGGACCCUGUGGAUAUCACUUCAGGUAUGCAACGAGAGCAAGCCAUCAACAUGGCCAAGAAGUUGGGUUUCUCUUCAGAGUGUGUUGAAGAGGCUGCAGAUCAGAUGAUGGGGCUGUACAGACUAAUGAUUGAUAGGGAUGCCACCACAGUGGAGAUCAACCCCAUGGUUGAAGUGGAGGAGAACGGACAGAGGAAAGUGGUGUGCAUGGAUGCCAAGAUCAACUUUGAUGAUAAUGCCCAAUAUCGACAAGAGGAGACAUUCAAACUAAGGGACUGGGCCCAGGAGGACAAACGAGAUGUGGAAGCUGCCAGGGCAGGCAUCAACUACAUUGGCCUCACUGGCUCCAUUGGAUGUCUAGUGAAUGGAGCUGGCCUUGCUAUGGCUACCAUGGACAUCAUCAAGCUCUACGGUGGCUAUCCUGCCAACUUCUUGGACAUAGGGGGAGGAGCCAGUAGGAGAGAGGUCAUGGACGGAUUCCACAUUUUCAACAGUGACCCUAAUGUGAAUGCAAUCUUCGUGAACAUUUUCGGUGGAAUUAUUCGAUGUGAUGAGAUUGCCAAAGGGAUCAUUGCAGCAGCUCAAGAGAUCAACAUCAAAGCCCCCUUAGUGGUUCGAUUACAAGGAAACAGACAAGCAAGGGCCAAAUCACUAAUCGAAGCCUCUGGGUUGCAUAUGAUAGCUGUGGAAGACUUCGACAAGGCAGCAGAAACAGUUGUCAAUGUGUCCAAUAUUGCUGAGUUGGCUAGGAGAGUGAACAUCGGAGUGGACUUUGUCCCGCUAUAGUGUAUAUAGCUUAAAGAUCCAAAGAUUUUAUUCUAGUCAUUUACACUUGUAUUAUUGCAUCACCAUAUCCAGUUUUUUGUAAUGUGGCAUAAAUAAUUCAUGAAGAGUUUGAGAGACACGUAUAA